AUGGAGCUAUCUGAUCAGGCCCAUAUCCCGUUAACUUGUCAGGAAACCGCACGUAUGUCGCUCGGUCUGCCCGUCUCAGAAGGUUCACGAGACUCCCUUCCCAACCAGGCUCCGGCUCCUCAGACAUGGGAACCAUGGGAGUUGGAUAUCCCCGGCAGGAUGGAGAGAUUCUUUGAUGAAGGGGAAGAGGAAGAGUCUGAUGGCGACUCCAUGCCAGUGCGACAAAAUCCGCUGCUGAACAGGCAUCUUCUCUCUACACCGGCGCCGUCAGACGAGGUUUUCCUACCAUUUCUAUGCGUCUCUGAGCAGGAUAGUAUAUUCGAUCUUCUUUCUAGUGCCUUGUAUCAGCGGGCGGGGUGCGGAUUCAAGACGCCACUUGUGGGCCUGACGUAUCAUUAUGGGUCGCCUGCGGUACAGCUUCUUGUGGCUUGGCUCGAAGAUGAAGAUACAUCCGAUGGGCGCUUGUGUGUGUCUAGCCUGCGUGAACUCGGUGCGGGAGACUCGAGUCAGCGUAACGUUGAGCCGCUGCCCUGGCGAUCAGACUUUUACCCGAUAGAGGACGGCUGUGACAAUUCAAACGAUUAUGUAGCUAAGAUAGCUGUGUGGGCAAAAGGCGUGGCUGAUGCUAUCGAUCCUGUGGAAAGGUUACGCGAGACUACCCUGCGAGGAAACUUGAAAUCCAAGGUCGAUUCCACGAAACCCACGACACACAAUCAGGGCACUGGUAGCGUGGCAGAAAGUGAAGGCUCUGACGCUAAACCUUUGUCAUGUUCCAAACCAGAACGUCUCAUACGGCUACCAAAGAAUCUCAGCAUUGAAGAUGACUUUUGUCAAGAGGAUCGGGACAAUCUUGAGGACCUCCUACAUGCCGAAGACAUAUCCCUCACUGCAGAAGCUAGGAAGUCUCGAGAUGAUACAAAAUAUGCCAAUCAUCUUGGCAGUUACGCCUCUCGGGCCCAAGAAGCAAGGACAUCCUUACCUGGGCUUCUCAAUGGCUUCCGGAAGGAUGCUCUACAGCGCUUUGCCCAGGAGCCUAACAAGGGGAAAUGCGAUGUUGUCUGUGCCCUUCGGGUCUCAUACUUCUAUCCUGUUCAUGCAGCCAAACUCCGCCAACUCCAUCGUUUGAUCAUACAGGAAGAUUCUAAAUCAAGCGGGGAACAAGAGGAUGGAGGGAUUCAAACUCCUCAUCCCAUCAAGCGACCGGUGGAUGAGACAAGUAUCUUCGGCAGCCGGCGGAAUGCAGGUGUCUUCCCGUAUCCACCAUUCAUUGGUAGUUCUGUCGAUGAGCUGAGCGAGGGCAUUGAUCGCCUGGAUCUAUCACCGGGAGAUAGAGAGUCGGAAGGGAAGAAAGCGGACUCAGGAAAGGGAAAGAGUAAGCCUGAUUCCCGGAGCCUUUAUGCACCGCUCCUUCUGGUGGAGUACAAGAAAGCGGAAGACAAGGGUGCAUCAGGUGCAGGUGUGAACCAAGCGCGCAUGUACACCGUCUCCACCUCGAGGUUCCUGGCGUCUCUGGGAAUAUAUGACUUCCCCACCUUCGGGCUGGUUACCGAUGGUGCGCUUGGUGCGGUGACAUGCACAUACACGGCCGCGCCAUCGGCACCUCCAAGUUCCACUGCGGACAGAGCCGGGAAGCCAGGGGAAUCCGCACACAAAGCACAGGAGAUUACGCGGGUCCUCGAAGCGAAUGCCCAGCUCUUCGAUCUGUCAAGCCCGCUCGGGGCACUCCACUUCUCUACGUUUCUCGCUAUGCUGGCCACCGAGCAUGCACGCAAGCUCGGCGAGAGGCUCGACGGUGUGAAGGACCGUUUCUACAAGAUGUGCGGGGAUAGCGACGAGCGCCUUGCUUGGUCCAAGGUCCAACAGUCGGGCAAGUUCGCGCCAAAGAAACCCUCAGCCCGCUAUUCCCCGCUCGCGGCGCUCAGUCUGGGUAUCGUCACACAGACGGGCAUCACUGUGCCGAACAACGACCCGUCCGCCUUUCCAUUCGCGAAGUGCGACGCGGGUCUGCACUUAGGACAUUUUGACGAUCGGAGUCGGCCGCGUCGGGUGUAG